AUGGCUAGAAGAUGGUGGUUGACAGUCGCAAAUAGUGUUAAACUGGGGUCUGGGAAGACACAUGUGGGACGUACCAGCGCAAUAUUUAUCACCAUGGUUUAUGAAAUUUCCGUCCUGGUCUUCUACAUGCGCAUUUUUCCCAGUCGCAAUUUCCACCGCGCCGUUUGGUCGAUCGUGUUCAUUGCCGCAGGAUACAGUGUGGCCAGCGUUUUGGCCAAUGUUCUUAGUUGCAAGCCCGUUGACAAAGCGUGGUAUCCUACCAAAACUGGUCAUUGUAUGAACCGACCGGUGUUCUAUUUCGCCAAUGCUGGAUUGGGUAUCUUUACCGAUUUCGCGACGGUCAUUGUGCCCAUCCCAUGGUUACGCCGAUUGCAGAUGCCAUUACGUCAAAAGAUCGCCGUUAGCUGUAUCUUAGCGAUGGGAUGCUUUGUUGGCGUCGUCAGUUGUAUCCGCUUAUCGACCUUAUAUACUCUUCUCAAAAGCCCGGAUCUCACCUGUAAGUGCCGCCACGGACCAGCCACGGAUAUUCUCUCGCUAAUACGCCCUACAGGGAGCACAACAGACGCCCUAAUAUGGUGUACGAUCGAGUUAAACCUUGGAAUUACCGGUGGCUGCAUCACAGCUGUGCGCCCCUUCGUUCGUCGUUACUUCCCUCGUCUUCUGGGUCUAUCCUACGGGAAUGGUUACAAAUACGGCGAUUCCUCUCGCAAGUACGGCCAUCCACUGGGCUCUGUUCCUCGAGCAAACGCGCCCGAUUUUUCGAAUGCACGCAGUAACCAAUAUUCGACGCUCACGACGGCGACGACCGUCAUGCCAGCAGCUGACAAUGGGAGCGAAGAACAUAUCUUACAAUAUCCAGAGAUGCCUGCGAAGAGCGCCGAUGGCAUUGGCAUUGUCCGGACGGUUGAGUUCGACGUGGAGAACUCAAGUGCCCGGAGUGGUGGGACGACAAACGACUACGAAGCGAUGAGGCAUUAUUAA